AUGGAGGGUCCAGCUGCUCCCCCACUAGUCCUCUCGUACUCCUACGAUCUUUACCCUGGAGCCGCUUUCCUUAUCUCUCGUUGCACCUCUAGGGCUGGUAUGGAGAUGAGCCUGUUACGGUCAAACUUCGCCACGUCAAGGUGCGCCCUAGCUGCACAUUACAGCUCGCGGCCUGUCCUACCACGAACUCUCAAAACACCACGUCUGGACGCCCAUUCUUCCUCUCGACGACCAUUUCACAGUACCACCCAUGUACAUCAACCUGAACCCAGCACAUCGCAGCAAGAUCCAUACCUUCUCACAAGACAACUCGCCGACGAACUCCGCCUUCCGCUCUUUUCGGCUUCCGGCGAGCAAUUACACCUCCUCCGAGACCCUUCACAUUUCUACGAAACCCUCAAAACCAAGAUCAGUCAAGCCAAAGAACGCAUCUUCCUUGCAUCUCUCUACAUCGGCAAAGAAGAGACAGAGCUCGUCACAUAUCUAGAAUCCGCGUUACAACGCAACCCUGCACUGCAACUGACCAUCCUGGUCGACGCCCUCAGAGGCACACGAGAAGCGCAUCCAACACCAUCAUGCGCUAGCCUCGUCUCCAAGCUCCAUGCUCGAUACCCCGACCGCGUCAAAAUUCGACUCUACCACACACCAAACCUCAAAGGCUUGCUGAAGAAGAUCGUAGGCAAACGCUUUAACGAAGGUUGGGGUUUGCAACAUAUGAAGAUCUAUGGGUUUGACGAUGAUGUUGUUCUCAGCGGAGCUAAUUUGAGUCGAGACUACUUUACGAACAGGAGGGAUAGGUAUUUGCUGGUUGAGAGGCAUAGGGAGGUUGCUGAUUAUCUCUGCUCGCUGGUGCAUGCUGUGGGGCGGUUCAGCUUUAAGCUCGAGUCGAUACCGGUACAAGGGAGGAGUGCGGAAGGAGCUUCGCCGGAUUGGAAGUUGAUAUGGGACGGCGGGAAGGAUUGUCCGGCACUUUUGGCUGGUCAAGCAUCGUUGGAGCCAUAUGCAGAGCCCGGAUGGACCAGCGCGGCGACGAAGUCGUUGGAAGAGUUCACACGUCAAUGGCAUCACCGCUCGUCCUCUUCCGACUCAAAGACAAAUUCAGGCGAGAAGAGUGCAGAUACACUCCUCCUACCGCUACUGCAAAUGGGACCGCUACACAUCAGACAAGAAACACAAGCCAUCCCAAAGGUCCUCAGCCUAGGUCUCGAAGCUCCCGACGCACAGGGUCAGCCCCCUAACCUCGGUCUGACAUCGGGCUACUUCUCCCUGUACAAACCCUACAAAGCCCUUUUGUUGCGGGCGAGAGCUGCACGAACAGCCAUCGUCAAGAUCAUCUGUGCGGCACCCGAAGCGAAUGGCUUCUUCCAAUCCAGAGGCGUCUCAGGGUGGAUUCCGGAAGCUUACACAUGGUAUGAGUAUCAGUUCUGGAAGGCACUGCAACGGUCGAGGCGCCUCUUGGGCCAGGAUGGCAGAGAUGUGAAUCAAGGAGGAGUGGAGAUUAGAGAGUGGAACAAAGACGGCUGGACUUAUCAUGCGAAGGGGAUCUGGUAUACACCACCGUCAUCGGAGCUGGUGGACGAGUCUACGCCAACAAUGAUGCAUGUGGGAUCGAGCAAUUACGGUUCAAGGUCAGCUGAUUUAGAUCUCGAAUGCACGUUUUUGAUCUCUACCAAGUCGAAGGAACUUUCUCAGAGGUUUCGGGAGGAGUUCGAGACGUUGCAGCGAAAUGCGACGGAUGUGGUGGAUGAGAAGCUUUUCCAACGACCUGAAAGACAGGUUAGACGACGGGUGAAGAUGGCUGCUUGGAUUUUGAAGGGGAUGCUUUGA